AGCUGGGAGAUGUAUUUGAAAGAGACUUCCUCGUCUCCUGCUUCCCACAGCUGUUUCCGACAGUCCAGAAUUCCUCCCAGUAAUGAUUUUAAAGUGGGAAUGAAGGUAGAGGCUCAUGACCCCAGGAAUUCGACCUCUGUUUGUAUUGCCACCGUAAUGGGGUUAAUUGGUGUGCGUCUGCGACUCAGACUAGAUGGCAGUGACAACACCAAUGACUUUUGGCGAUUGGUCGACUCUUCUGACAUUCAACAUAUUGGCACAUGCGAGAAGACUGGUGACAUGCUGCAGCCGCCACUCGGGUUCAGAAUGAACGCCUCUUCAUGGCCCAUGUUCCUGUUAAAAACAUUGAGUGGGGCAGAGAUAGCUCCAGUUUCAUCCUUCAAAAAGGAGCCUGCCAAACCCCCUCAAAAUUACUUUAAAACUGGUAUGAAACUGGAGGCUGUGGACCGCAAGAAUCCUUAUCUCAUCUGCCCCGCCACCAUCGGAGAGGUGAGAGGGGAUAAGGUAUUCAUCAUGUUUGAUGGAUGGAGGGGAGCGUUCGAUUAUUGGUGCCAGUAUGAAUCUAGAGAUCUCUUCCCUGUGGGCUGGUGUCAACUGACCAAACACAAUCUACAGCCUCCUGGCACCUGCUUUAAAUUCCCGAAGACACUUUUUCCAACAUUGUGCCAAUCCAGCAAGUCCCUGCGCUCCAUGCAGUCCCCUUACCGCCUGCCGCACCCGUUGCCCCCUCUGCCCGUGCGCAAGGGGGUACGUGGUAGAAGACCAAAGAGCCAGACUAUUGCCAUGCUGAAAGCAGUGGCCGAAGCUGCAGCAGCUGUGUCUGGCACGACACAGAACAACCAAACGCAGUCUCAUGCAGUCAAGAACCCCAUAAACACACAGCUGAUGCCCAAACCUUAUAAAAAGAGGGGACCCAAACCCGGCAGCAAGAGGAAACCAAAGGUUCCUCAUUCCCUUUCAAGCCCCACUUUGUCGUCCUCUGUGUCAGACGGUAGGCUUUCUAGCCUGCAGACAACGAGAGACUCCGGAGUCGUGUCCACCGUUUGCGUUUAUGUGAAUAAACAUGGAGUUUCGGGGCCUCACCUGGACCGCAAGCUGUUGUUGCAGCUGCCGGAUCAUUUCGGGCCGGGUCCCGUGAACACGGUUCUGCAGCAUGCGGUCCAAGCCUGCGUGGACUGUGCGUUUCAGCCCAAGGUUUUGUUCAGCUUCCUGCAGUCGCAGUCUGACGGAGGCGAGAUCAUCAGAGUUCGUUCUGAAGGAGGAAUUCACUACGUCAAGCUUCCCACAGCCUCCAGUGCAUCCUUUGUUUUGCGCUUUCUAGAAACGUUGUGUCACCACCUGCAGUGUGAUAACCUGUUCAGCAGCCAGCCGUUCAGUCCGCUUACAGCAAACACACACGCGUCCUACGACAGGAGCAAGUCAGCAGUAAAAGAGGAGACAUCAGAAGCUUUGUCUGUUGCACGGGGUACGAGACGUUUCAACAGAGAUUUAGCUUCCUACACAGCUGCUCCCUCACCUAAACUACACCGAACAGAAGCUCUGCCCUCUGACGAGACCGCCACACAUGUUGAAAACGGUGCGACCACAGACCAGCAGUUUUCUGAAGAGUCUAUGGACUCAUCCUCUAAUUCUGUGACCCCUCGUGCACCUGCGCUUCGGAGCCCGUCUGAAUAUCACACCUCGGCCGGCAGCAGCCCACACUACUCAUCUCAGCCCCCACCGCUCCGCAGACUCUGCUCCAAUCCCUCCGAUCUGGGUCCCGCACGCACACACAGACGUUUGGAAGCUGCUAGCUCCACCACUGGUCCAGAUCAAGCAGCAGAAAGAGAAUCCUCCAAAUCAACCAAUAAGAGUCCGUCAUCCUGGAGUAUAGAGGAAGUGAUGCAAUUUGUCCGUGAUGCCGAUCCUCAGACCCUGGGCCCACAUGCAGAACUCUUCAGAAAACAUGAGAUUGACGGCAAAGCUUUGAUCCUCUUACGGAGUGACAUGAUUAUGAAGUACAUGGGGCUGAAACUUGGCCCAGCCCUUAAACUCUGCCAUCAUAUUGAGAAACUCAAACAAACAAAAUAGUAACCUUUAACUUCCUGGCCAAUACUCAUCCACCAGGGAGCGACAAAGCAGAACGGAGGUUCAGUCAGUGUUUGGAGUUGAGGCUAAAGAAUAUUUACCACCAGCGCCGUGGGUUAAGGGUCCAGCUUGUUGACCCACUUCAACCGAAGUCCCUGCUGUUGGUUUAAUCGGUGAAAAAACAGAGAUUGGAUUAUUUCAUUUUUUGAAAAAAGAAAAGGCAAACGCAACCAUUAAUAAUCUGAUUUGAUGGACUUUAUGAAGGCGGUGUAAAACUGCAGCCAAGUACAGACUUUAGUACCUCAGAAUAUAUAAUGCUUCUCAUUUAUAGACAAUGGUGAAGAAAGCUGAAUCCCAAAGGAUUUCACUGUGUUGUUUACGUAACAUGUUCUGGUACCGUCAUCAAACACAGACAACUUCACAAAUGUUGUUUUCCCACUGUAUUUUAUAUUCUGUUUACAUCUGUUUAGGAUGUAUGUGAAUUUGAGGUUUUUGGAAACUCGUGCUUUGGUGCUGUUUAAUGAAAAUCCAUUGUUCACCAGUGUUUAUUUUUCUUCAAAUGACAGAAUGUCUUGUUGAUUUCUGUGAGGGGAAACUGGAAUCCACAAUCAUAUAGUUUCUAAAUGUACUGCUGUUAACAGUCGCAGAAUCAUUUCUUUUUAAAGUGAUAAUGGUUUUGUUAUGGUUUAUAAAAGGAACCCAUUUUUAAGCCUUAGGUUUUGGUUUUGCCGACCGUUCUACUGAAAUGUUAUUUCCAUCUCUAUCUCAAGAUGACUCAGGACACUUAUACAAUUAAUUUUUAUUUUUCCUGUUUUGGAAAAUAAAAGGUCAUGCUUUUUUCCCUCUAAUGUUGACACUAGAUGGUCAGGUGACUAAAUUAAGUGAUAAUAUGGUUACAUGUUGCAGAUGUACACAAUGGUUUGUGGCAAACAAAGGAGAAUAAGAAUAAUGGCAAACACAGUAGAUCUGGAUUUUUUUGUUUGUUUGUUUGUGUACCAUAUAAAUGUGCAUUUGUUUUGGUUCAGUAUUCUAUCAUUCAGUGCAUUUAUUUAAUAAGUAGAAACUGCCCCUUUUGAGCACAUUUAGUAUAUAAUUGGUAUUAAUGUUUAUUGAUUUUGUUAUCCGGAGAUGGAGCAUUUUUGUUACGAUAUACAUUUAUAUACAUUUGUUUUUAGCUCCUUUUAGAAACACUGUAUUUACUUUGCUCUUAUACUCAGGUGGAAUAUUUUGUAUUUACUUUUUGGAACAAUUUUCUACCAUUUGAAUAAAUAAUUG